AUGUUUGUCCCCCUGCCGGUCCCCUUCGUCUUUCAGAGAACAGCGUCCGACUUCAGCGCCUGGAGACUCAAGUCCUCGCUGGCUCCGCGGUCCAGCCCCGAUAUCAGGAUGUCUAAAGCAGCAGAGGAGGAGAAGCCUGGGGCUGACUAUCCAGGGGACAGUUCAGACUCUGACAGAAACAGCCCUGAUGAGCAGGUCCAGCCAAUGAAAACCAGCCCCUUCAGCCUCUCUCCCACGCCGGCUGGCACCAAGGGGAAGAGUGAGGAGAGCUCUGAGAUGGCCCACAGCACCAUUGCCCCUCCUGCACCUCCCUCCCAACAACAGCAACAGACCCAACACCACCACACCCAGCUGAUGCUGGCUGGCAGUCAGCUAGCAGGGCUUGCCGCUCUCCUCCCGGCUCAGCAGCAGCUGCUCCUCCAACAGGCUCAGGCUCAGCUCCUGGCAGCCGCCGUUCAGCAGUCGAACGCCGCCCACGCUGCCCACGCCGCCCACGCCGCCGCACAACAGCAAGCCAACCAGCAACAGCAGCAGCAGCAGCAGAACCAAUCACAAUCCCAGCAGCAACAGCAGCAGCAACAGCCAACCAAACAGGAGCAAACUGUCCAAGCCCCGCCUCCUCCACCACCACAGCUGGCCCUGUCGCAGCCGAUCCAGCUCACAGCCCAGGACAUCCAGCAGCUGUUGCAGCUCCAGCAGCUGGUUUUGAUGCCGGGGCAUCCUCUCCAGUCUCCUGCCCAGUUCCUCCUCUCUCAGCCUGCACAGGCACAGCAGCCACAGCAGGGUUUGCUCUCGACACCAAAUCUGAUCCAGCUACCUCAGCAAAGCCCAGGGGGACUACUGACAACCCCGCCUCGUCUGGGACUCCAAGCACAGAGGGAGAAGAGUGGUGAUGUUGUGGUCAGUGGGAGCAGCAGCGGCGGCUCUGUAGUCGCCACCGGCAGCAGCGGCGUUGGCGUUGUGUCGUCUGUGGGAGCUACCUCAGCGUCCAGCAGCGCCAUGGCUUCCUCACUGACAUCCGGUUUGACUCCUGGGGGUCACGGGGGUCACAUGGGGGAAGAGCCCAGCGACCUGGAGGAGCUGGAGCAGUUUGCCCGCACCUUCAAGCAACGACGCAUCAAGCUGGGAUUCACCCAGGGAGACGUCGGCGUGGCCAUGGGCAAACUGUACGGCAACGACUUCAGCCAGACCACCAUCUCCCGAUUUGAAGCACUCAACCUGAGCUUUAAGAACAUGUGCAAGCUGAAGCCACUGCUGGAGAAGUGGCUGAGUGACGCAGAAACCAUGGCAGUGGACAGCAUGCUGCCCAGCCCAUCUUCUAUCUCCUCCCCCUUGUUGAGCCUCGAGGGGCUACCCGGCCGACGCAGGAAGAAGCGCACCAGCAUCGAGACCAACGUGCGAGUGGUUUUAGAGCGCAACUUCAACACGAACCAGAAGCCUACCUCGGAGGAGAUCCUGCUCAUGGCGGAGCAGCUCAACAUGGAGAAGGAGGUGAUUCGUGUUUGGUUCUGCAACCGCAGGCAGAAAGAGAAACGCAUCAACCCCUCCAGCAGCACCACCCCUCCUCUGCCCAGCCAGACCUCACCUGUUGUGACGCACAAAGCCCCCUGCUACAGCCCGCACAUGAUAUCGAGUCAUGGUCUGUCCCAAGUCACCACCAGCCUCAGCACAACAGUGACAACAAACCCGCUACAUGACAUCAAUAUCCCUCUUCUUCUCUUCCCCUUAGCCGCCAGUUCGUCACCGUCAGCGUCCUGCCCCAUGACUCCUAUCAGCUCGGCUGCAGUCGGCUCCACCUCUUCUGCUGUGACCCCGCCCCCUCACAGCACAGCCAGCCCCGCCCCAUCCAGCCUGGGGGCCCACGGGCUCAGCACUGGGAACACAAUGAUGGGAGUAAGCACAGGGAUGAACCAGGCCCUCAUUGGCAGCAAUCCCCUGGCUACCAUGCAAGCCCUGGCAGCCAGCAGCGGUCAGCUGCCCAUCUCCAGCCUCGAGGGGGCAGCAGGUCACAUGCUUCUGGGUGGACCUGGGGGUGCUGUCCCCCCUUCCCUUCGCCCGUCCCUCUUCCUCAACCGCCCCACCCUCCUCCCCAUGGUGACCGGCUCCAUGGCGACAGCUUCCACACCUGCCAUAGGACUGGUCAGCGGUGGUGGUGGGUGCGGGCCAAGGCCCCCCUUCUCUCAAUCUCCGCCCCCUGGCACCAGCGACCUCAUGAGCCCGACCUCGUGCCCUGAGGAGUCCGCAUCUCCUUGUUCAAGUCCCGCCUCUUUCUGUUCCUUCAGCGAAGCCUCGCCGCCACCCCUGGGAGGGGCCAUGGCCGAGUGA